GUGAAGAAGCCUUUAUGUAUCCUACGGCGGAGAUUUUAUUAGGUUUAUUUUUAUUUUUAUUAAAUGUAGUGAAAUGUCAACUGCAAUUUAAUUUUAGUUCAACAACCAUACGCAGUACGACUAUAAAUGAUCUCAUAUUCUAUAAUCCCGAAGUCCUAUGUAAAUUGCAGCCCAAUGCAUAUGACUGUAAUAAAAGCGGAUAUAAUGUACCUCGGUAUUAUUUUGACAUCAAAUUAGAGGAUUGCAGAGCGGGUUCCUUCGGCAAUAAUUGUGAAUACAAUCUCAAUCAAUUCAAAUCUAUAAAAACAUGUCACAGCACUUGUCGAUUGUCAGGUGUAGACCCAAUCGAUUACAAACUUCCAUUUGAGAUAUCUUGCAGACUGCAACCUGAUUUUGGCAGGUGUAACAGUUAUCAUCCUAUGUGGUACUUCGAUAUGACAACGAGGACUUGCAAAGGUUUUUCUUACAGCGGUUGUGGUGGCAAUUUGAACAGAUUUCAUAACAGUCGUAUCUGCACUAAACGAUGUCGAUCACUUGUUGAAUGA